UGGCGGACUCCACCACUCAAUCACUCUCUCACUCACUCACUCUCCCUCUGCACGCCAGCACUUUCGGGAAGAAUAAAGUUGUUUUUUGUCGUCACAAGGACCUGAGCUCAGCCAGAGCCAAACCGUGGCCUUGCUGUAAGAACGGUUCGAUUAUGUGGAGGAAGAAACGGCCACUUUGGGAAUCCUUGGCCUGUCUCAUAUAUCUCGUGACGUUCGUCGAUGCUUAUCGAUUCCUGAGCCACAGCUCAGCCUCCCAGUUCCUAAGCAGGCACAGGAGGGCCAACUCCAUGUUUGAGGAGAGCAAGGAGGGCAACAUGGAGCGGGAGUGCAUCGAGGAGCUGUGCAACAGGGAGGAGGCCAGGGAGAUCUUUGAGAAUGAUCCAGAAACAGAAUACUUCUAUCCCAAGUAUGUUGUGUGUCUGGGUUCACAUCGUGUCGGUAUCAACAACCACCAAUCAGAUUCUGCCAUUCCAUCAGACCUUCGCACCUGUGUGAACGAGAUUAGUAACCAGUGCACACCGUUUCCAUGCUACAAGGAGGGAUCAGAGCGCUGUGUGGAUGGUCAGGCCUCCUUCACAUGUGUGUGUAGACCUGGCUGGAAGGGGCUGCGCUGCGAGGACGACAUCGAUGAGUGUUUGGAUCCGGAAUUUCUAGCAGGAUGUGAUCAAAAAUGUAACAAUGUUCCUGGGAGUUUCCACUGCAUGUGCGAAGUGGGCUACUACAGCAAUAACAAAAUCAACUGUGUGGAUAAGGAUGAAUGUCUAAUGUUCCCCAGUAUCUGUCGAGAACCGGCUAAAUGUGUCAACACUCCUGGCAUGUAUGAAUGUCGUUGCCCCCACGGAUUUAAAUAUAACUUCACCUCCAAAACCUGCAAUGAUGUCAACGAAUGCGAGUUGAGUGUGUGUGAUGGCACGUGUAUAAACACAGUGGGCAGCUAUGCGUGCUACUGUGAUGGUCGUCAGGGUCUUCAUUUGGUGGAAAGUAAACGAUACUGUGAAAGAAUCCCUGUGUGUGUGGACCUGUAUGACCACAAACACUCAGAGAUGCUUUACCUGGGGGAGGAGUUUUCAGGACUUCCUGUCAUCUAUCUGCUUUUCCGACUACCAGAGAACACAAAGUUCGCAGCAGAGUUUGACUUCCGCACAUUUGACCCAGAGGGAGUUAUCCUGUAUGCUGAGUCCUCGCCAGACUCUUGGUUUAUGUUGGGACUAAGGCUCGGUUACAUUGAGGUACAAAUCAAAAACCAGCAUACAUCCAAGGUCAUCCAUGGAGGAAAAACUAUAAACGAUGGACAGUGGCAUGUGAUAUCGGUGGAUGAACUCGAGAGAAGCAUCAGUGUGAAAAUCAGCAAAGAAGCUGUGAUGAGCAUCAACACCCCUGAGAGUCUCUUUACUUCAGUAAAUGGAAAACUGGUGACCAAGGUCUACAUUGCUGGACUGCCCAACCGCACUAACAACCUCAUCUUACCUAUCAACCCUCGACUUGAUGGCUGCAUCAGAGGUUGGAACUUGAUGAAUCAGGGAGCAUCUGGAGUGAAUGAGAUCAUCCAAGAGAAGAAGAGUAAACAUUGUUUUGUCAAUGUGGAACGAGGAUCUUUCUUCACUGGGGGAGGACUGGCACACUUUAACAUUGACUACAGAGAUUCUGAGAGCUGGACUGUGGAUGUCAGGAUGACUAUACGUCCAUCCAGCAGCACUGGUGUCCUCUUUGCCCUGGUCUACAACAAUACAGUUCCCUUGUCAGUUGCUGUGGUAACAAAGGGAGAAGGAGAUGCUGAUCUGCAAGUGUUCCUGAAUGACAUCUCCGUGGCAAGACUGGACUCGCUGAUGCUGUGUUACCCCGAGCGGUUGACACUGCAGCUGAAUGUGACUUCCACAGGAAUCCAAAUCUUGGCCAACUCCUCUACUGUUACUUACAUUGCAACCGAUGUCCUGCAGGAGGCGCUGGCACACCUCAACACCACCAUGCAGAACCCCGUCAGUACAUGUAUUGGUGGGAUACCAGACGAUGUUCCAUUACCUGCCACGCCUGUGACAGCGUUUUACCACGGCUGCAUGGAAAUCACUGUCAAUGACUGGCAGCUGGACUUUGAUGGGGCUGUUAGCAAACAUAACAGUAUUAAGUCUCAUUCCUGUCCUCCUGUCUCUGCUCCCGAGAGUUUCCAUCACACCAGCACAGGAAGUGACUAUCAUUAACAGAAGCAAUCCUACAUGAGCCACUUUUUGGGAUAUUUUUGAAAAAUAAAUAAAUAAUAAUAUUAUUAUUA